CUAAUACUAUAUUAGAAAGUCAAUUUAAACUUAACUUAUUCUUUCAAAACCCGCUUAUAAGAGGAGAUUUGUCCUACUUAUACUAUAUAUUGGCCUUAUUUCAUGGAUGUGGAAUCUCCAAUAGUUUUAUUUUUUUCUGCUGUGUCUUUUAGCUAAAUUUCAUGUAUUUUUUUUCUAGUAUCAUGAUGUGUACAUAGCAAAUGUGUUAACUAAGCUUUUCCACAGGUCAAACAUAUUCCUCAAAGGGGGUGGAAUUCUACAGUUUUGUGGUUUUCCUUUAUAUCAUUGUUUGCUAAGAAUGAUAUGGGUGUUCCGUUGAGAUUAAAUUUUCGACCAGGAUCGUGUUUUGUUGACAUCUGUUGUGCUAAUGAUGGAGGAUGUGCACUAUGGAGAGCCAAUCCUGCUCAGGGCGAAAAUGAUGUAGGAUUCAUUGACUCAGAGGUUAACAAUCAAUCCUUCAAGAGGACUUUCUACCUUGUGAACAAAAAGAACGACUCUGCUAUUGCUUUUGUAGAUGGUGCUUUAGAGUUUGUCAAGAAGCCUGGAAAUCCAAUCAAGUUCAAAAUUUUUAAUCAUAUUACUGCUGCUCAUAGUGCUUCGGAGAUAGCUAGUUAUCCUAGAAUGGCUACGGAAACUACUCUAUACACAGAUGAAGAAAGUACUUCCUGGCAGGGUGGAAAACUUCCUUGUAUUGAUAUUAAAGUUGAAAAAGUUUCUCUGAAUAUUGUUCAUGAACUUUCAGAUACGGAGUAUCUCUUCCCUCUCAUUUGCUUGCUCCUGAACAGUACACAACUCAAUAUACAAACAUUAGCAAAGAAAUCCAGGGUCAUUGGCACAUCAUGUGCAGAAGCGCAUUAUUUUGAUGUUGAAAGAAACUUAUGGGGAGAACUUCUCCGUCCUGUGGAAAUUUGCCUUUUUUACCGAUCUAACAUGGAAGCUCAGCUUUCAGAAAAUAGAUCUCAUGCUGUGCCUGUUAAUUACUUCUGCAGAAUGAAAGAGCUGGAUGUUUUCUUGAAUGAGAAUUCAUUGGACGUGCUUCUCUUUUUGAUUGGGAAAUUGAAUCUAUCUGGUCCUUACUCACUCCGAAACUCCAUCAUUCAAGCUAACUGCUGCAAGAUGGCAGGUGGAAAAUGAAACAGGCUUAAAUCUUCAUGUUCACUUUGACCAGCAAAGUAUUAUAAUACCCAGAAAGCAAUCUGCGUCUAUUCUAUUAAGG